AUGUCUGGCAGAACGUGUCACCUCAGCUGGCGGGGUGGGUGCACGUGGGAAAGCAAUGCUGAAACCAGGGUGAGCUCAAGAAGAUUUGUAAUUUCUGCUUCUGGUUGGAUUUUGUAGAACUUUGACAAGUUAAAUGUGAGGACAGCACACUACACACCUCUUCCUUCCGGUGCUAAUCCUCUGAAGAGAGAGAUUUCUGAUUAUGUUAGGUCUGGCUUUAUUAACCUUGACAAACCUUCCAAUCCAUCCUCUCAUGAGGUGGUUGCGUGGAUCCGGCGCAUCCUCCGAGUGGAGAAGACCGGACACAGUGGCACUCUGGAUCCUAAGGUGACUGGGUGCCUCAUUGUGUGCAUUGAGAGGGCAACACGCCUGGUCAAAUCUCAGCAGAGCGCAGGCAAAGAGUAUGUGGGAAUUGUUCGGCUGCACAAUGCAAUUGAGAGUGAGGCUCAGCUGGCCAGGGCAGUAGAAACUCUGACAGGCGCAUUGUUUCAGCGACCACCCCUCAUUGCUGCUGUCAAACGACAACUGAGAGUCAGAACCAUCUAUGAGAGCAAGCUGGUGGAGUAUGAUCCUGAGAAAAGAUUAGGUAUCUUCUGGGUGAGCUGUGAAGCAGGCACGUACAUCAGGACUCUGUGUGUCCACCUGGGGUUACUGCUGGGUGUGGGGGGCCAGAUGCAAGAGCUCCGCAGAGUCCGCUCGGGCGUCCUGGGAGAGAAGGACAACAUGGUGACCAUGCACGACGUGCUGGAUGCACAGUGGCAGUACGACAACAACAAGGAUGAGAGCUACCUGAGGAGAGUCGUCCUGCCCCUGGAGAAGCUGCUGACUUCACACAAGAGGCUCGUCAUGAAAGACAGUGCGGUUAAUGCCAUUUGCUAUGGAGCCAAGAUCAUGCUGCCUGGUGUUCUGAGAUAUGAAGAUGGUAUUGAGCUUAAUCAGGAGAUUGUUGUCAUCACCACGAAAGGAGAAGCUAUCUGCCUAGCCGUUGCCUUGAUGACCACAGCAGUCAUUUCUACCUGUGACCAUGGCAUAGUAGCAAAGAUCAAGAGAGUGAUCAUGGAGAGAGACACAUAUCCCCGAAAAUGGGGUCUGGGCCCCAAGGCCAGUCAGAAGAAGAUGAUGAUCCAGAAGGGUCUGCUGGACAAGCAUGGAAAGCCCAACGAGAACACACCAGAUUCCUGGAAGAAGGAGUAUGUGGAUUACAGGGAUUCUUCCAAGAAAGAAGCAGCUGCUGAUCACCGACCUGUGUCAGAGCUGGAGAGGGCUUCAAAAAGGAAGCGAGAGUCGGAGAGUGAAGGUGAUGAAGCUGUGACCCCCCCGUCCCCUGCCACCCCUCCACCAGAGGAGCUGAGCAAAAAGGAAAAGAAAAAGAAGAAGAAAGAGAAGAAGGCCAAAGAGGCAGCUGAGAGCGGGGGAGAGCAAAUAGAAGUGAUCACUGAGACCAGCACCAAGAAGAAAAAGAAAAAGAAACAAAAGGAGGUCGAAGAGAGCUCGGAGUAAGCAACUGGAUCUGUCCAAAGCAGGCAACCUCAUCAUUAAGGAAGGAGGAAUCUGAGGCCUUGGGAAGAGGAGGACUGGCUGUGUUGGCAGAGGGGCCAGCAAGCUCCAGGUUCUUUUCUGCUGUAUAUGAGAGAGUGGGUGUGUUUGCCCAGGAUGCGCCCUGCUCAGGUGCCCCUCUUCAUCCUGUUUUAAGGGUUACCAGAGGAGUGGGGUGCCUGGCUGUCCCUGCACUGGGUUGAUCUCUAAAACUGAGCACUGUGAUGCCAAUAGAAGUGAUAUCUUCAGGGAAGCUGUAGCUUCUAGCUCUUACUUGGUGUCUGUUUUCACCCAGAGGGUGGAAUAAUCUUUCUCCCCCUUCUAGUACUGCCUCUUCCUUUUCUUCCAAGGCUGAAGCUGUUACCUGACAGUUACAUGAAUGUAUUGGUGCCUGUAGGACUGGCUUUGUCACAGCCCAUCUGAAUGGGUUUGGAUGGGGACAGUCAGAUCAGUUAUUGAAAAGGCUCUGCUUUGUUUUUAACUUGGCCACGUGCUUGGCUUGACCUACAUGAAAUGAAAUAGUCCACCCAGAUAUUCUUCAAUACCUUCUUUUUACCUUUUUCACAAAAGGUAAACGUUAAAACGUUUGGCUUGACCUACAUGAAAUGAAAUAGUCCACCCAGAUAUUCUUCAAUACCUUCUUUUUUCUUUUUACCUGUUUCACAAAAGGUAAACGUUAAAACGUUUACUUCCUCCUUUUUGCUGUAUUGCCCAGGGAUAUGCUUGUUGCUUGUCAGCUGAUCCCCAAACCCAGUGCCCUUGCCAGGGUGUACCUCUUGCUGGCUCUUUGCUCCUCUCUACCCACUUGUUGGAUUGCAACUGCAGGGCUUUGGGCUGCCUUUCCUGGUUUUGAUCCCCAGUGUGCUCUGAAGGCUAAAAGUGGGGAUGUUGCUGGGGGACAGAGGGUGACCAGGGGGUGACUGGCCUGUGUGCUUUUCUAAAGGGCUGCUGGGACUGGAGUCCUUGUCAGGAAAAGCUUGGUCAGAGGCAGCUCUGCAAGGGGCAUUGGGUGUUGGGCUUAAGCAGUUUCAGAAAGACUUUUCCUAAUUUCCUUAUCUGGGGGUCAAAGGUCUCUCUGUCACAGGGGUAGUGUGCCAGGAUUUUAGCUCAUUUUAAAUGGGGAAGGAUCCAGGCUGCUUUGUUCUGAGAUUCAUCCCCGCAGAGAUUCUGUGACUUUUAACCUCAUUCAUUGCUUUUAUCUUAACUGUCUAUCCUCCCCUCCAUAGCUGGAGAUAAAUUCAGGCAGUGGGGACAGCAGCUGGUGGCUGUCAGAACCUGAGCAGGAAAAAAAAAAUAAAAAAGGUCCAUUUUUAUGUCCUCUUUUUUAUAUAAAAAAUAAAAGUCCUGUU